AUGCACGAACGAAGAAACCACCUAGAGCGAUUUCCAGGUGGCGUGAUGGCGUUCUCAGAUUCUCCUUCUCCUCUUUCUUCUCCUGCUCCGCCUUCAGCCAACACCGUCGAUGUCACUAGGGUUGUCAAACGCCUCCACCUGUUGUGUAUCCGUCGUGGGGAAAUCGGAAGACUGACAACUUUAUGGAAAUGUGGUGGUUUAGGGUGGGACCACUACCGCCCUUCUCCAUGUCUUGCUGCUGACGCGCUGUUCCAAGAUGACGAAGCUGCUCCUGUCGCCGCUGACGCCGAUCCAAGCGCCGUUGUUGCCGGCUGUUGCGCUACUGCCGCCGCCGCUCACCUCAGGUGGGUGGCUGGGUUCGUUUUGCUAGUAGAAGACACGAGUGUGUAUGUGUAUUACAGUGAAGUGGUGUUUGGGUGUUUCCUGGCCGGAUUUUUCAAAAAGGAAUCUCCGCCACCACCGUGA